AUGAGCUUUGAGUAUCAGAUCUACCGUGGUGAUCAGAUCUCUGAGCCAAUCCUCACGGAUGCCGCUAGGCUUUUCUCUGAGAACUAUGGUGUAUGGGGACUUCAGGCCUCGUCGAAGCUCGGAACCUUCGCCAAAGCUGGUCGUCGAAUCCGAAUGAGUAGCAUUCGCCUUAAGCAGCAAUGCCUCCCGCCUGGUGCCGAUAAUAUCUACAUCAGGGCUGUGAAAGGUGAGAAACUGGUCGGGAACGUCUUCGCUACGCGCUGGGUACACCAAGGCCGGAGAAUGUGCUGGAUCGCUCAGCUGGUCGUUUCUUCAUACUAUCGGAAUCUUAGAAUCGCGACAGAGCUUUUGCGAAAAUUGCAAGAGCAGGAGCAGGGAGAGGAACAAGCGUUCGGUAUCCUUAGCUCGCAUCCUUUUGCGAUCAGAGCAGCACUGCGCGCCUUCGGCCACGGGCUAGAGAAGGUCAACUUGUCGAUGACUCAAAAGUAUGCUGCGACGACUAUGGCAAGCUGCCCGAUCGUGUAUGUUCGCGAGGCGAAGCUUAGGGGGUCUUUGUUCGGAGAGUCUGGAGCGGAAACAGGAGUGAAGUCUUGCGCCGAUACCAAGUUCUAUGUCGAUCACCAAGAACCCGUGCAAGCUCUGAACGCUGCGAAGCAAUCUGGUCUGGAGUGGCCAUUGGGAGAUCUGCCGGAAGGUCAUGAGUUCCUACUAUUGAUCGGCAGAUCAUAA